UCGCAUGCCUCGAAGCAAAAGGUAUCGCCUAAGACGGAUGCCCGCACACUCUUCGCUCAAUCCUCGAAUUGCGUCCUCACGCCCGAGAUCGAUGUUCUUGGACACUACAUUGCAGAUGGCCUGAUGCGAUCUGUGAUCCACGAGAACCAACCCGGCAUACCUCUACACAUGGAUGUUCAAGUCAUCAAUACCCGCACCUGCAAACCUAUGCCAGGUGUCUACCUCGAUAUCUACCAAUGCAACUCUACCGGCGUCUACUCAGGUGUGGUAGCAGAAGGCAAUGGCAACGGCCUCACAGAUCCAUUUAAUAUCCGCUCCAAUCACGGGCGAGGUGUUCAGAGAACAGAUGCCAACGGCGUAGCUCAAUUCGAGUCAAUAUUUCCAGGACACUACUACGGCGUUGCAAACCACCUCCAUGUGCUUACCUAUAAAGGUCUGCCGAAAGGCCCGGCGCCAGACGCUCAAGGAAGGCAGUUCGUGGAGGCUACGCAUAAUGGAAGAAUCUUCUUCGAUCAGUCUUUGAUCUCAAGAGUUGAAGCUUUGUCUCCGUAUAACAGGAAUCGACAACCUCUUGCUCUAAAUCAUGACGAUCAGGCUGUGACCCUGGAAGCCUCCAAGACGGAUCCUUUUGCGAGGUAUGCUAUGGUUGGAGAUAAACUGGAAGAUGGCAUUGUCGCUUGGACAAGUGUUGGUGUCGAUCCGAAUGCUCUACACCCGUUGGCAUACUUGAAUGAGGGCCAUGAUGGCAAUGGAGGAUGA